CAGACACUGAAGUGCUGCAUUAUGGAGAGCUCGUCAGGCCUGUGCAGAAGAGGUAUCUGAUUCGUUUGUUCCAAGGACAGGUUGCUGUCUCUCACCCUCACGUUAAUAAGAGGUGAGCUUCCGUAUUGUCUCAGGCUCCACUGGAAAUGCAGCAAGGAUUCCUAGCACAUCCCGGUUGCCAUAGCAACAGCAGCCUUUCCCAUAAUGAGCUGCAUCAUCUGAACUGAUGUCACAGCAUCAUGCAGCAGGUCAAACAAGGCAUCUCCUAGUAUUGCAUCCUACAGAUGUGCUGUAAACAUCAAAAGAAGACGGCGGGAGCAGGAGAUGCUGUUUUGGAAAGAAGUAAGGCUUAGAUUUCUCCAUGUUAACCAUGAGCGUGACACUUUCCCCACUGAGGUCACAGGACCCGGAUCCCAUGGCCACUGAUGCCUCGCCCAUGGCCAUCAACAUGACCCCUACUGUGGAGCAGGAAGAAGGAGAGGGAGAAGAGGCCAUGAAGGACAAAGAUGCUGAGCCGCAGUACGGAAAGCCACCCCCACUGCACACAGCAGCUGACUGGAAGAUCGUCCUACACUUGCCUGAGAUUGAGACCUGGCUCCGGAUGACCUCAGAGAGGGUCCGUGACCUAACCUACUCGGUUCAGCAGGACGCAGACAGCAAGCAUGUUGACGUGCAUCUAGUUCAGCUCAAGGACAUUUGUGAAGAUAUUUCCGACCAUGUCGAGCAGAUCCAUGCGCUCCUUGAGACGGAGUUCUCCCUGAAGCUGCUGUCCUAUUCGGUCAAUGUCAUUGUAGACAUCCACGCAGUUCAGCUGCUCUGGCACCAGCUCCGAGUAUCCGUGCUGGUCCUCCGGGAGCGCAUCCUGCAAGGGCUGCAGGACGCCAAUGGCAACUACACCAGGCAGACCGACAUUCUGCAAGCGUUCUCCGAAGAGACAAAGGAGGGCCGGCUUGAUUCUCUUACAGAAGUGGAUGACUCAGGGCAGCUAACUAUCAAGUGUUCUCAGAAUUACUUGUCUCUGGACUGUGGUAUCACUGCGUUUGAACUGUCUGACUACAGUCCAAGUGAGGAUCUGCUUGGUGGCCUGGGUGACAUGACCUCUAGCCAGGCCAAAACAAAACCUUUUGACUCUUGGAGCUACAGCGAGAUGGAAAAGGAAUUCCCGGAACUUAUCCGAAGUGUUGGGUUGCUUACCGUGGCCGCUGACCCUGUCCCUUCCAGCUGUGAGGCAGCCAGGGAGGACGCACCUCAACAGCCUCUUUCAGAAGAGAAUAAAGGUGAGCAGGAGGAACACAGUGCUUCAACAUCUGAAGAGCGGCCGGGCUCAACGUCAGGGUUGCCGUCCUUAGGAGACACGCGGACAAACGAGGUGGGCCACCCUUCCGAGACCGCAAAGCAAGACCCCAGUUCCUCCCCACAGCUGGGUGCAAAGAAAACCCAGCCUGUUUCUUGUGAAAUUAUGACUCCCAAGAGAUCCAUCCGCGAUUGCUUUAAUUAUAAUGAGGACUCUCCCACACAGCCCACGCGACCCAAAAGAGGGCUUUUCCUCAAAGAAACUCACGUGAGUGAGCGGAAAGGCAGCGACGGCAACAGGCAGCUGGUUGACCUGAAUCCAGAGUUGAGCAGAAGCACCCCUUCCCUGGUGGACCCCCCUGACAGGUCCAAGCUCUGCUUAAUAUUACAGUCUUCCUACCCCAGCAGCCCUUCGGCUGCCAGCCAGUCCUAUGAAUGUUUGCACAAGGUGGGGAUUGGCAAUCUUGAAAACAUAGUCAGAAGUCAUAUUAAAGAAAUUUCUUCCAGUUUGGGAAGGCUUACUGACUGCCAUAAAGAGAAAUCUCGACUGAAAAAACCACACAAGACCUUGGCAGAGGUGCCUCUGUGCCGAACCCCUAAAGGAGGAACUGAUUCGGGAACGCAAGCCCAAACCACCAGAAGCUCAGCAGUGCCAAGCAUGGUGCCUCCUGGGGCUCCCAAAGACACAGUGAGACCAGAAACGGAUUCUGCGUCAACAUCCUCCUUUGAGCUGCCCCAUCAGAGAAACUGGAGUCGGCUCUUGCCAACGCAGUCGGAGGUCUCCAGCUCACCGCCUCGCAGUCAUAGCAGUGAGUCCUCUGUUGGGUCCGACAGCAGCAGAGCGCCAGCUCCUCUUCUUUCAGAGAGUGAAAGCCAAAACGAUGGCUCCCCUGCUCCAAGUCACAUCACCCAGAACAGUCAGGAGGAGGAGGCCUGGUAUGGCUCUGAUGAAUACCUAGCGCUACCGUCCCACCUGAAACAGACAGAGGUGCUGGCCCUGAAGCUGGAAUCUCUCACCAAGCUUUUGCCUCCGAAACCCAGAGAGACUGUUCAGAACAUCGACGACUGGGAACUGUCCGAAAUGAACUCUGACUCAGAAAUCUAUCCAACAUACCAUAGCAGGAGAAAACACACAAGGCUAGGCAGGGUGUCCCCAAGCUCAUCCAGUGACAUAGCUUCUUCUCUCGGGGAGAGCAUUGAGUCCGGGCCCCUGAGUGACAUUCUUUCUGAUGAGGACUUAUGCAUGCCCCUCUACUGCAUGAAAAAAUACACGGAUGAGAAAUCAGAGAGGCCUUUGUCCUCUGAGAAGAACGAGAGUCAUUCUGCUACAAAAUCAGCUUUAAUUCGGAAGCUCAUGCAAGAUAUUCAACACCAAGACAACUAUGAAGCCAUAUGGGAAAGAAUAGAGGGCUUUGUGAACAAGCUGGAGGAAUUCAUCCAGUGGCUACAUGAAGCCAUGGGGACCACAGAGAACUGGACUCCUCCUAAGGCAGAGACGGAUAGCCUUCGGCUGUACCUGGAGACGCACUUGAGUUUCAAGUUGAACGUGGACAGUCACUGUGCUCUCAAGGAAGCCGUGGAGGAGGAAGGACACCAACUCCUCGAGCUCAUUGUAUCGCACAAAGCAGGACUGAAGGACAUGCUGAAGAUGAUUGCAAGUCAAUGGAAGGAGCUGCAGAGGCAAAUCAAACGGCAGCACAGCUGGAUUCUCAAGGCUCUGGACACCAUCAAAGCGGAGAUACUGGCUACUGAUGUGUCUGUGGAGGACGAGGAGGGGACGGGGAGCCCCAAGGCUGAGGUGCAGCUCUGCUACCUGGAAGCACAGAGAGAUGCUGUCGAGCAGAUGUCCCUCAAGCUCUACAGCGAGCAGUACUCCAGCGGCAGCAAGAGAAAAGAGGAGUUCGCAGACAUGUCCAAGACGCAUUCGGUGGGAAGCAAUGGGCUUCUGGACUUUGAUUCAGAAUAUCAGGAGCUCUGGGAUUGGCUGAUUGACAUGGAGUCCCUCGUGAUGGACAGCCACGACCUGAUGAUGUCAGAGGAGCAGCAGCAGCACCUGUACAAGCGGUACAGCGUGGAAAUGUCUAUCAGGCACCCGAAAAAGACAGAGCUGCUGAGCAAGGUUGAAGCUUUGAGGAAAGGUGGCGUGUCUCUACCAAAUGAUCUCCUGGAAAAAGUGGAUUCAAUUAAUGAAAAAUGGGAGCUGCUUGGGAAAACCCUAAGAGAGAAGAUACAGGACCCAGUGGCAGGGCAGAGUGCGUCAGGCCCACGUGACCUGCUGUCUCCUGAGAGUGGAAGCCUGGUAAGGCAGCUGGAGGUCAGGAUCAAAGAACUGAAGAGGUGGCUAAGAGACACGGAGCUUCUCAUCUUCAAUUCCUGUCUGAGACAAGAGAAGGAAGGAAUGAGUGCCGAGAAACAACUCCAAUACUUUAAGUCCCUCUGUCACGAGAUCAAGCAGCGUCGUAGAGGGGUGGCCUCCAUUCUCCGGCUGUGCCAGCACCUUCUGGAUGACCGUGACACCUGCAAUCUGAAUGCAGACCACCAGCCCAUGCAGCUGAUCAUUGUAAACCUCGAAAGAAGGUGGGAAGCCAUUGUCAUGCAAGCCGUCCAGUGGCAGACAAGGCUACAAAAGAAGAUGGGAAAAGAACCCGAGUCUUUGAAUGUGAUUGACCCUGGCUUGAUGGACCUGAAUGGAAUGAGUGAAGAUGCCCUAGAAUGGGAUGAGACAGAUAUAAGUAACAAGCUAAUUAGUUUGCACGAAGAAUCAAACGACCUUGAUCAAGACCCAGAGCCUCUCAUGCCCUCCGUGAAUCUUGAAGAGACACGCCACCAGGACCCUGGUUAUGAGGAGGAGGCAGGUGACUGUGGGUCCCAGUAUACCUCAAACGUCACCGCACCCUCCAGCCCGCACGUUUACCAAGUGUACAGUCUUCACAACGUUGAACUCCACAAGGACAGCCACACCCCAUUUCUGAAAAGCAGCCCAAAGCUUACAGCCCAGCCUGGGGUUUUAACUAAGAGCCUCAGUACGGAUUCUUCAUUUUCAUCCACAAAGUCAUUGCCAGAUCUUUUAGGGGGCACCAGUUUGGUGAGGCCUUGCCUAUGUCACAGUGGAGACGUGAGCCAGAAUUCGGGCAGCGAGAGUGGAAUUGUCAGCGAAGGAGACAAUGAGAUGCUUACCAACUCUGAAAUGUGUUUGUUCGGGAUGGUGGAUGGGUCCCCAAGUAACCCUGAAACUGAACAUCUGGACCCACAAAUGGGAGAUGCAGUCAACGUGUUAAAGCAAAAAUUUAAAGACGAGGACGAAUGCAUUAAGCUUCCAAAUAUCUCUCAGUCCUCCGUCUCACCAGCGGGUUGUGUAAAUGGAAAAGCUGGAGAUUUAAAUAGUGGUACCAAACACACCACCGAUUGUUUAGGAGAAGAAUUACAAGGAAAACAUGACGUGUUUACAUUUUAUGAUUACUCAUACCUCCAAGGCUCAAAACUCAAAUUACCAAUGAUAAUGAAACAGUCACAGAGUGAGAAGGCUCAUGUGGAGGACCCCCUUCUCUGUGGUUUUUAUUUUGAUAAAAAAUCCUGCAGAUCUAAACAUCAGGCUCCGGAGUUACAACCAGAUGCGCCUCCCCACGAGAGGAUUUUGGCAAGCGCGCCCCAUGAAAUGGGUCGCAGCUCCUAUAAAAGCGGUGACAAAGAGAAGACGCUGGCGGGCAUUCAGAAUGCCAGGCAGCUCUCCCUCGUCUCCCGUAGCUCAUCUGUAGAGUCCCUUUCUCCGGGGGGUGACUUGUUUGGGUUAGGUGUCUUUAAAAAUGGCGGCGACAGCCUCCAGCGGAGCUCCUCUUUAGAGAGCUGGUGGACAUCCUAUAAGAGCAACGAAGAUCUUUUCAGCUGUCACAGUUCUGGGGACAUAAGCGUGAGCAGCGGCUCAGUCGGUGAGCUGAGCAAGAGGACAUUAGACCUCCUGAAUCGCCUGGAGAACAUCCAGAGCCCCUCGGAGCAAAAGAUAAAGCGAAGUGUUUCUGAUAUCACCCUCCAGAGCAGUUCCCAAAGGAUGUCUUUUACGGGCCAGAUGUCAUUGGAUGUUGCGUCGUCGAUCAAUGAGGACUCCGCAGCAUCUCUGACAGAACUGAGUAGCAGCGAGGAGCUCUCCCUUUGCUCGGAGGAUAUCGUGUUACACAAAAACAAGGUCCCAGAGUCCAACGCAUCGUUCAGGAAGCGCCUGAAUCGCUCGGUGGCUGAUGAAAGCGACGUCAACGUUAGCAUGAUCGUUAAUGUCUCUUGCACCUCUGCUUGCACCGACGACGAAGAUGACAGUGACCUCCUCUCGAGCUCCACGCUCACCUUGACUGAAGAGGAGCUUUGCCUCAAAGACGAGGACGAUGACUCCAGUAUUGCAACCGACGAUGAAAUUUAUGAAGAAAGCCACCCGAUGUCUGGGCUGGACUACAUAAAGAAAGAACUGCAGACUUGGAUAAGACCGAAAUUCUCCUUGGCAAGAGAAAAGAAACGGUGUGGUGCCCCUGAUGACAUGAAGGGCGGUAAAGAUGGGGGCCGCAGUGAGAAGGUCAACCCCUCAGACACCCUGAACAUCCAGGCCCUUCUGAACGGCUCCAUAAAAUGCCUCUCCGAAAACAAUGGAAAUGGAAAGAAUUCACCCAGAACUCAUGGCUUAGGAACAGAAGGUGAAAACACGAAAAAUAUUUACGAAGUUAGUAAAGAUCCCCACGUGGCUGACAUGGAAAACGGCAAUAUUGAAAGUGCUCCAGAGAGACAGAAGGAGAAGCAGAACGGAACUUCAGAGGCAUCAGAGAACAGCAGUUUAGACGUGAAACAGAGUUCCGAAUCUGAGCAGAGUGAGUGCAAAGCGUCAACGGACAGUUCAGAGGAUUCAAACGUUGCUGGAAAGGAAUUCGGACCCCCAAGUGACAGGCAUCUUCCACAGACAGCCCCAAAUCUCCACCACUGUGAAAAUCAAAGUGCCCCCUGCAUGCCCGAUGAGAGCUCUUGCCCAGAACUGCUGUUAGGAACCAGCGUUGGAAGCAGACAAGACAGUGAUGGACUGAAAGCUUUGUCUAAUGAUGCACCAAGUGGGGCUGGAAAAUCUGCUGGUUGCUGCCUACUCGGACGAAAUGAGACAGAGGAGAGUGCUUCCAUCAGCAACAGCACUUCCUGUUGCAACUGCCAGCCAGAUGUUUCCCAUGAAAAAGAUGCUGAAGAUUGUUCGGUGCACGACUUUGUUAAGGAAAUCAUUGACAUGGCGUCAACAGCCCUAAAAAGUAAAUCUCAACCUGAGAAUGAGGUGGCGGCCCCCACUUCACUAACUCAAAUUAAGGAGAAAGUGCUGGAACAUUCCCAUCGGCCCAUGCACCUGAGAAAGGGGGACUUCUACUCCUACUUAUCUCUUUCGUCCCAUGACAGUGACUGUGGGGAGGUCACCAAUUACAUAGACGAGAAGAGCAGCACUCCAUUGCCACCGGAUGCUGCGGACUUUAGCCUCGAUGACAAGGAAGACAUCGAAUGCUUCUUUGAAGCUUGUGUUGAUGAGGAUGAUCUUGAUGAGAAAGCCUGUUUCUCUAGUCCCCUCCCAGAUGACCCAGCAGCUCCCGAAGAAGCUGCUAUGCCAAUACAAGUGACAGCCAGCUCUCCUGUGUUCAGUGCUGUUGCUUUCCCACUCAAUGAGACAGACACGGUGGCUCUUUCAGAACCUUCCCCUCAGAAAGGAGGUGACAAUGGAAAGGAAGUGGAUGACGCAUCCCAAACAUCCCAGGGCUGUGCAGAAAGCUCAGAGCUUACCACUCCUUCCGGACAGCCCAGUAAAAAUGGAGGUGCAAGGAAUCGAGGUGAAUCAGGAAUGCCAGAAGGCAAUAACGCUACUUCAGCCAAAUCAAAAACUCAAGCUCUCCCAUUGAAUGCAAAACAGCCGAAAGUCAAGACCAAGCUGUAUCCCAGCCCGCAAACUUUAACCUGCAAAGAAAAGCUUGUAAGCUUCCACGAAGAUCGACAUAGAAACAUGCAUAGGUAGAAUGUAAUGCCCCCAAGCAUGGAAACCAUCUCAUUGAAAGAGAGAGCCUGGCCGCAGCUCAGGGCUGACCCGAUCCACCCUGGGCUGGUCUUGGCUUCCAUCCUGCUGUCACUGAUACCUGUUGCAUUGACUUUCUGAAGAUGACCUACCUUUCCUCUGAACGCGGUCUGUCCAUGUGGGCCUUGUGAUCUGGAUGUGCACUUCUCUUUAGGUGACCUCUCGUGUCUACAAAGCUGCUUGCUCUCCUAUGGAUUCCCGUCCCAAGCUACCUCUGCCAACCCUCUCUCUUCAGCGAGACCUCUGUUUGCCCCCUCCUCUCCUGCCUCCCCUUUAAAGCUCUGCAGUUCACCAAAUUGGUGGUCCAUUAAACCCACUGUCUGGAAUGGCACCCCUCCCCGACAAUGCUUGACCAAUUUGAUGUUUUGCUAUGAAAAUUUCCAUGGUGUUAUACCUUUGUUGAUUGAAAGAGAUUUACCUAAAAAGCCAGCCCUUGAUUUGGUUGUGGUAUAGAGGAGACAUAUUGGUCCUUAUUACAAAAUUAAAUGACAUUUAAAAGCAUCAUUUUAAUUAUUUCUUUUUAAUAAUGUUCUAUGCAGCACUUCACAAAACAACUCUGAUGGUGUUGAAUAUUGUAAAUUGGUACAUUCUACUGUUAAGUUUGUUUUUGUUUUCUAUGCUUCUCGGGGUGGUAAUGAGAAAAACGUUGUUUUACAAACUGUGUGCCUUGCUGUCUUUCUUAUCCCAUUUAUGAAAAAGCUGCUUUCAUGGUAAUGGUAUGUUGGUCUGAGAGGAGGAAAUAGCAAGGUGAGGAUGUGUGAAUAAUUUCUGUACAUAUGUAUAAGCUAGUACAAACACUGAUGUAUGACAGUAUAAAAUGCUUUCAUGUUUGUGAUGUCCAGUGAUGUGGAGAAUAUAAGCCUUAAACCCAUUCAAAUGCAUGGUAAUUAAAAUUGGCAUAAUAAAAACAGUGUAUUGGGGGAAAGGAAAAUUAGUGAUCUCUUCUACCUGUGUUCUUACCAAAUUCUUGCAUCUGUUUCUAAAAAAAAUUAACAUGUAUCAGCUUCCAACAUAUCCAUAUGGCAGAAAAGGCUUAAGGUGCUUAAACUGCAGACUCGGCCUGAAGCCUUCAUAACGUUCAGACUCUUUCUGUUUCACUGUAAGUGAACAUCCUGAAACAGCAAGUGUUUAACGGCCA